AUGGACGAAAAUAACGUAAGAAAAUAUCCAAUAAUUCGUGUUGCUGGUGUACCCGAACAUUUCAAUGAACCAUGGAUAAUUGGAAUUGAAGAAAAUCUUUUUUUAAAUGAACAAAUUCAAAUCGAAUGGCAUUCAAUUAAAGAAGGAACUGGUGCAAUGAUAAAUAAAUUAAAAUCGAACGAAGUUGAUCUCAUCAUUGCAUUAACUGAAGGUUUAAUUAAUGAAAUUUCUAAAGGUUCAGAUAUUCGUUUAAUUGGUACAUAUGUUCAAUCACCAUUAACAUGGUCUGUAUCAACUGGAAUUAAUUCUCAAUUUCAUUCAAUUGAAGAUUUAAAAGGAGAAAUCUUUGGUAUAAGUCGAUAUCAAAGUGGAUCACAUUUGAUGAGUUGUGUUCUCGCAAAUCAAUAUGGAUGGAAACAAGAUGAUAAAAUCACUUAA